AUGCACAUCUGUCAGGCCAGCGACUCCGUGGACGUCGAAAGUCUCGUGGUAGCGGGAGACCUGAUACUAGAUCAGUAUAUCUCUGGCACCGUUCGUCGAAAUGCCCCAGAGGCCGACGUACCUGUCGUGGAGCAGGAAGAAACAGAAUACUUCCCCGGCGGAGCGGCAAACGUCGCGAUGAAUCUUGCCGCACUGGGUACGGCAGUUGUCCUGGUCGGAGCUGUCGGGGACGACGAAGAGGGAAAACGCCUGCUUUCCCUUUUGACCAGCGCAAAUGUGGAUGUCUCCGGAGUCCAGGUCAUCGCCGACAGGCCAACCUGCCGCAAGACCCGCAUCAUCGGCAAUGGAAGACACCUCGUCCGUCUGGACAGAGAAGUUGUGAUUCCCAUAGGGGAAGAGCAACAACGAGCCGCUCUGGAUUCCGUUCGUCGGUAUUUGCCCCGUGCACGGGGUAUGGUCUGCUCGGACUAUAACAAAGGGUUCCUAUGCGAGUCCGUUCUAAGAUCUCUGCUCCAUGAGGCUGUCUCCCUGGACAGGAAGGUCAUCGUGGAUCCGAAGAUUGGCGAUUGCAGCCGGUAUGCGGGGGCAACAGUCCUCAUGCCCAACCUGAACGAGCUGCGGCUGCUAUCCGGGCUUCCUGUCGUUUCCCCCACCGAUAUUGAUGCUGCUGCACGGGCUGUUCUGACCAAGGCUCACCCGGAAGCUUUGCUGGUCACUCGUGGCGCUGAUGGGAUAGUCCUCUAUGAAUCGAACGGGAAGUCGUCCGCAAUCCCAGGCAAAGCUUCUACCGCACGCGAUGUUAGUGGCGCAGGAGACAGUUGCGCCGCUGCAUUCGCCUGGGCCUAUCUCGUGUGCGGGCAAUCCUUGGAAGCAGCUGCCGAACUGGCAAAUAAUGCAGGUAGCAUCGCAGUGACGAGGCUGGGGACCACUAUCGUCGCAAAGAGCGAGCUGCUAGAGGCACCCUGCAGCGGAGGGUCGUGGAAGCCAGAGGAGGCGCUACAGAACGGGCGUAAGAUUGUGAGUCUCGAUGAAUGUCUCACUAGUCUCAACACGACCCGUGGUGACGGCCAGAUUGUAUUCACAAACGGCUGCUUUGACCUACUCCACGCAGGACAUAUCGAAUAUCUCCAGAAAGCCAAGGCCUUGGGAAAGUUGCUGGUAGUGGGACUCAACUCGGACGCGUCCGUAAGACGAUCGAAAGGACACAAGCGACCUAUUGCACCCCUCUCCCAGCGAGCUGCGAUGCUGGCCGCACUGAGUUGCGUUGAUUAUGUCGUUCAGUUUGAGGACGACACUCCUUUGUCUCUCAUUGAGACAAUUCGACCCGAUAUUCUCGUCAAAGGAAAUGACUAUUUGCCCCAUCAGGUUGUAGGACGCGACGCUGUCCUGGAAACUGGGGGGAGACUGGAACUGGUACCUUUCAGCACACAGGUGUCCACUUCAGCUGUGAUUCAGAAAAUAGUCGACCGCUACCGAGAAGACUAA